GUUAGCAAAUGCCGGUUUGUUCAGUGCGGUAAAGUUAGCGGCCGGUGAACGAUGUUCUCGCGACAAGUCUGAUUUUCUCAUCGGGGGCGAAUUAAAAGUAAACGUACGAAAUGCAUGGAGCUCGAGGGAAGAACCUCGAUGGUGUGAAAUGCAAGGCACAUUCAAUUUCAUUCUCUCCGCAGGUGAAUCAAUUAAAUUUAACGAUCGGUCCUCAGAGGGUGAGAGCUGGUCAAAGUUUAAAUCCAAUUUCGUCGAUGAUCUUGGAAAUGACAAUUCACUGAUGAUGGAGAACGUCCCGAGGUAUGGUGUGUGCCCGGUGUGCGGGACAAACGCCACGUUGAAGUGCGGCAGCUGCAGACGUGAGUUCUACUGCGACAAAUCGCAUCAGUCUCAGGACUGGCCGCGUCACAAGUCCACGUGCGGCGGCUGGGAGAUCGGUCGCGGCCCUGCGCUCGGACGGCACUUGCUAGCAACCAGGGACUUGGCUCCAGGAGACGUGAUCCUCUCGGAGACGCCUCUGGUCUGGGGACCGUCGACCCACGCGAGUCAGCGGGUCUGCGUCGGUUGCGGCGGACGGUGCGACGACGUCGGCGCGAGAUGCGGCAGGUGUUGCUGGCCGGUGUGCAGGCCCGAUUGCGGGGGCCUGUCCGACAAGAAGAGGCACCAGCUCGAGUGCGCUCUCCUUGCGCGCGCGAGAAUUAUUCCCAGAUGCGAGGUGCUUCUGGUGAUUCGUAUGCUGAUACUGUGGCGCACGAAAUCGCGCCGUUGGACAUCCCUGGCGAAGCUGCAGAGUCACGUGGAGUCGCGAGGACCCGGCACGGAGGCUCACGACGAAGUGUCGAGCGUGAGCCAGCUUCUCGGGCCACUUUUAUCGAUGGCGUCCGAUUGCGGGGACCUUCUGCCGACGAUUUGCGGCCUGAUCGACGUGAACGCGCUGGAGACCGCGCCGCCGGAGGGCUCGGUGGCGAUUUACGAGAACGCGUCUCUUCUGGAGCACUCCUGUGUCGCGAACACGCGACACGACUUUCGCGUCGACGACAAAGGCAGGCCGCGGAUUACCGUAUACGCGGUCACGUCGAUUGAAAAAGGGGAACAUUUGAGCACCAUGUACACGCACGCGCUUUGGGCCACCAGGGCCAGGAGGGAGCAUCUCCUUGCCACAAAGUACUUCGCUUGUCGGUGCAAACGUUGCGCCGACCCCACGGAAUUGGGCACGCAUUUAGGCAGCCUGAAUUGCCCCUGCAAAAACGGACUCAUGUUGCCGAACGAUCCCCUGAAUCCGAAUACCGACUGGUCCUGCGACGCGUGUCCAGGAACAGUGACGUCCACGGAGGUCGCGCAGUUAACGGAUAAACUGGAGGAAGAGGUCGCGGAGGUCAUGAAGCAGGCGACCGAGCACACCUUGUUUGAUCUUCUCUCGCGGCUUACAGUGUUGCUGCAUCCCGGUCACCAGCACUGCGUAUCCGUGAGCCACUCGCUGAUGCAGCUGCUACCAGCGACCGAUCCGCGGAAGCCGGAAUUAUGUAAGCGCGUCAUGGACACGGUGAAUCGAUUGGAUCCGCACGGCGCUCGUCUGGCGCUUUACACGGCGGUAACCCUGCGAGAGCUCGCGACAUGUCCCGGCGAGGAUAAGCGAGCCCAUCUCGCCAGAGCGGCCUCGUUGCUGAAGGCGGAACCGCCGAAUUCGCCCGGUGAAAGGCUCCGCAGACUCGUCCAAGUGGAACUUUGCUCUUAGCUCGUCGUGACAACAUUAGCUAUAUUUUCGUUAUUAUACAGCUCGAUAUGUAAAACAGGAGAGGAUCCUUUACACUUCUUACUUACAAACGGGAAAGUUAUACACGACAGACUCGCGCGAGCAACAAUCACUUGCCUGGCUGUCUAAAUUUUCGUUUAUUCGCUUUUUCGAUUUCAAGUGUAAUCUCUAUUCGCAACUACAGGCAGCCGUAAAAAUGGCGAAGGUAUUGUACUUAUUUAGAGUGAGGGGGAGUACGUAUAAAAAAACUUAUACCUAUAUAAAGAAUGUGUACAUACAUGUUAUAUCAAAAUAUGCGUUGACAUACGCUAGUCGUCGUUCCGCAUUCACCGCGCACGCCGUGUAUGUAUGUGUGUGUGUGUGUACUCGUACGGUUGUACGUCGUAAAAUCUAGACUAGAUGACUGUGCCCCUGCGACUAAACGUAAUCCUCAAAUCCGGAAGCGUAACUCCUCGUCGUGCUUUUAUUAUUUUCGCAUCCUUCUGCGCUCAGUAUUCUCGCGAGUGGUCGACAAGUAAACUUGCUAGCGGGAUAAAACAGUUGACACGCGAGGACAAACAAGAAAGAUGUAUCGAAGAAAAUACAGUAGAUGAUGACUGUGUUUGCCAUACCCGAAUAAAAUUUUACAAGAGCGAAAA